AGCGAAACACCCACCAAACGAAAUUGAAAUCUCUCUGCCUCUGCCUUUUUCCUUGCUCUGUUUUUUCACGCAGAGAGCAUGGGCGAGAAGAAAAGGAAGGCAAGCAACACGACUCUUAUCGUCUUCUUCUUCUCCUUCUUUUUCUUCUUCUACAAUUGCGAGACUUCUAUCUGGAUUUGGAGUGUUAGGAAGAGAUGGAGAGACGGAUAGGAAAGGCGCGACCGGUGGAGUUGCCUUUGCGCCUUUGGUUUCUUUUUCUUUUGCCAAAUGCGGAGUUUCGGAUCCAGAGAGAACAAGCAAAGCAACCUGUGGAAUGAAUAAAUCCAAAUAUAUGCAGAAAAAUCCUGGUCUCUAGUCAAUUAGGGGAUUCGCUCGAGAACUCCUCUGCCAUCUGAUCUCUCUCCCCUGUUUCUUAGUCCCUCGCCGUCGGAGUCUCAAUCGCUGCCUCUCCGGCCUAUUGUACUAGUCCUUCAGCUUGUCCUUUUACUCGAGAAGGCGUCUAUGGCGGCUCGAUUUCAGAUUGAGGGAGACGACUCGGUUCUCCUCCGCGUCACUCACUUCAAUCUCAAAACUUUCUCUGACGAGGUCCGCUGCUCACUUCAGGUCAGUGCGCCAUCGCGAGUGACGACGAAGAAGGAAGAGGAAGAGAAUGGAGGAGGAGCGCAGUUGUCAGAUCGCGUGGAGACUAUUGUCAGACCACAGACCAUGUGAAAGCGGUAGAAGCGAGGAAGAGGGAGGUGGAAUAAUUUUAUAUUUAUAUUUAUUUUUGUGUAACUUUACUCUUUUACCCUUAAUGAAUUAUGAUGUUAUUAUAACAACACUAAUGGUGUUGUUAUACUAUCCGCCCCCAAGAAAACUAGACCAAUCUGUAGCAAUAAAGAGCUGAAACAUAUGUUAACCGGACCCGGUACGUUAAAAAAGAAACAUAGAUCAUAUUAAACAAUGGAAUUAAGGUUGUGGCCUUGUGGGUAGUUUGUAAUGUUAUCCUCCUAUAAUAUAUAGCCAUUCUCCGGCUGAUUUUCUCCAUUUUGAAAUCCUUGGCUUCUCCUGCAUUCUCGCUAGGGGCAAUUUUGGAAACUACAUUGUGUUUCUGGAUCCCCUUAUUUUAUUACUCGGAAAAAGCAGUAGUCAAGCCCAUCGCAACCGCUCAUUGUCCCUUCGUCCUCACGACCUCACCUCAUACCACCGACCCGCAACCGCUCAUAUUCCCUUCUUCCUCACAUCAUACAAGUGACGCAUUCCGCUGGUGCCGCUUCUCCCCCAUCUUCAACUUAGCCAUGCUUAAUCGACAACCACCGACUCUCCCGCGAUGAGAAGCUAUCUUAGCCCUCUCCUCGCUCUCUGAAUCCCUAUUCCACCCAACUUGUAAGCAACCAGUGGUCGGCGACUUCCAUAUCCUCUAUGAAUCAGUUUUCAGUGGUUGAUUCAUCUUCGCCAGUGACUUCCCGACUCUCCCCUAUCCUCUCCGAAUCCCUUCCCGAAGAUUUUGCUGGGUUCCUCUUCACCUACCAAAUGUCACUUCAAUUUCUUCCUCAACGCCGAUUCCAACUCUCCCAUCGCCGUCGAUUCCUUUGGUCGGGUACGCAGACUUGGCGGCUAGCGAUUUCAUCUUUCAUCUCCCGCUUCGUCAUCAAUUCCUUUGGUCGGUUUGCAUUUUUUUCUUCUCACCCUCGAAUCCGCCAUUUCACCUUCUCGCAACAGCGAUUUCAAGAUGGACAAGAUUUUCCGGGUUCUAGCGGUGCGGCUUCUAUUCUCUCGAAUAUGAAGGAGUGCAGUGGAAUUAACAAUGUUUGUAGGGUUCAAAUUGGUUGUGGGUUAGAGGAGUUGAGGUCGUCCGGACCAGGCAAUCCGCCAUUUCAUCUUCCCGCGACCCGGAUUUGAAGAUGCAUAGGAGUUUCUGGGUUUUGGUCAGUCAUAUCAAUUCCAAGUAAUUGAUUGCAAUUCGUCAAUUAAAAUUGAACUUUGAUCAUUAUCAUCAAUGGACUUGGGUUUCUGGGUUCUGGCAAUGCAUAUCGGUUCCAGGUAUAUUAUUGCAAUUCGUCAAUUAAAGCAGAACUGAGUUAUGUUGUUGUUCAAUUCAUGAGAAUCGUUUUCCACAUACUUUGAUUUUCAUGUUGCAUCAUAUUUAUUCUUAUUCCAGUUCAUGUGAGGGUCAUGCUAGCGUAGAUAGGGAUGGUUCUGCCCAUAUAGGAUUACGGUACACCUGUCUUAAUGGUCUACUACUCUACUUUGAUGGCGGAUAGGUAACCGACGCUCCGUCUGCCUCCCGUCUCUUCAACACCAAAGCCAUCUGAGAUUACGCCGAAGAAAGCGACGAACCCCAGAUGGACGUUGAUCGUCGCUCUAGCCAUCCGUUCCCACGCGGCCGCUAGCUAAGAUUUCCUCUCAAGUAUGGUUUUUUAUCCAUUCUCGCGAACGACGAGCUUGAGCCAGGUUCUGAACUUGAUGGACGAGGUCAUGGAAAUUCCCCUGCUCUCUACGAAGCGAAACUCCAGAGGCGGAGUCCGGUGAGGGUGGGACGCUGGCGAGAUGGAGGAGGAUCUACCGAUUUUGACACAAAUCCAACAGACCCAGUUCCGUAUAGCUUGCAAGCACUAAUGUUAUCAAUUGUUCAAGCACUUCCACAAAUCCUGAAAUCUGAAUGCUACAGCUUGGAUCCCCCUAACAGUAGCAGGGCCAUUGAGAACCUACACCAGCAUGGUUGGGAGAGGAUAUUUCAACAAAAUCCUAUUUGAUUGGUAUGUUUCUUUCACAUUCUCUCCACUUCCGGUUGCAUUGCACACUUUCAAGGUGAAUCAGUUUCUGGUCUCUGUCCAAGGAUAAUUGCUUCGUAUUGGUAGGUAACUCCUUCCUUCUAUUUGGUUCUUAGUUUUUCUAAUGUCCGAAGUUGUCAAUGACCAUUCUUUUUUUUACAUAGGGAUGAUUUUCUAUGCUUCUUUAAUUCUCUUGCAACAAUUUAUGGUUUCUUUUCAGUUCCACGUCAUGAUUGCUGCAGAAGUUACGCUUCGUCUGAGAACUUCAUAGUUGCUGCUGGGGGAGAUACUUCUAAUCUUCUAGGGCCAUUUUGAUUUGUCCAUGGCUGUUGGUAUCAACGAAAAUUAUUGUUUCACCAUCUUUGGGUUUCUUCAGUUUCAAUUCAUGAUUGCUGCACAAUUUGCUUGCUGGUAGGUCUAUCAAUUUGCCCAUAGCUGUAGCCUAUAGGAUUCGAAAACUACGUACUUCCCUAUUUUUUUUUAUUUUUCUCACUUCCAAUUCCAAUUCGAAAUGACUAGGAUUUGCCAACUGACAGACCACAUCAAGACUGCUGCAAAAUUUUCUUAAUGUUAGAUUAUCCUUUUCUUCUCUAUGUAUUUUACUUUAGUGUUUCUGAUAUGUGAAACGCAAAAUCUAAUUUUGGAGGAGAUUACAGCUUCACAUGUAACAUGAUUGACUGUUCUUAAUGAGAAUGGUCUUGCAGUUACUGUAAUCCAUACAUCUAAUUGUCUGCUUGGGAAUGAGUGAAUGAUCGCUCCAUUGUUAUGCGUUUGUCAGCAUCUUUCCAUGAUCAACAGAACAAUCUCCAUGCCACUUGAUUGUGCAGGUUGUUUCUCAUAUUCUUUUCACCAGUUAGCUCAAUUUUAGAAAUUUGUUGACAUAGUUUCAUCAAAGAGUUUCUUCAAUAAGAUGCGUAGGCAGGAUGGAGACCUUUUGCCAGUGGUUUUUUUUUUUCCUGGGGAGUAAGUUUCUACUAUCUUUUAUUUGAUUUCUUCUAGAUGUUUGGAUUUAGGCUGUAUAUUUGUGUAGUUGUAUUUAGCCAUUCGGUUUAGCCAUAAUUGUAUUCAAUUGACUUCUUAGUUUCUUGAUGUUGGGGUUUAAGCCAGUUUGCGUUAUGUUUGGGUUAGAUUGAGUCUUCUUGCUUUUUCCCACUCAAUCAGUGGUCUAAUUUGUUUUACUUUAUUGUGGUAUAUUGGUAGGAGUAUCUCAACCUGAUUGCAGAUUUGUGGAGGUUUUAUCCGAGCAUCAGUUAGGUGAUCAUGCAGAUUCAAGUUUUCUACUCUCUAGAAUUUCCGUUCUCCUUUAUUUCUAGCUUUCAGUCUCCCCAUCACUCUCUAAAUCAGAUAUUGGUUAAUAAUUGUAGAGUUCAUUAACUGUUCAUGGGUCCGUUCGCCAUUCCGUCGCAGUCUGUACAGAAAGUCUCCGAAUUUGGUUGUCAGUGGUCGCCCCUUAGCAGCUUCCUCUCCGAAUCGUUUCACAGGUACUGCCCGAUGUCCAAAGUUUGUUGGUUCGCAUAGUCUCUUCAUCUCCCAAAAUCGAUAGUCAUCGUUGGCACCAGGUCUCCUCAAUCGACCGUCGUUCGUCCAUUCUCCCUACGGUUUAGUGAUACUGUCGUUUGGUAUCUUCACCCACAUCGAUUCCCAGUUCUAUUCGAGGUCGCACUUCAAAUCGGUGGAUCAUCUUUGCUUAUCGUCCUUCCUUCAUCUUGCUAUUAGAAUCAAUUGAAAAUUAGGGUCUUCUUUUAUCUAUUGGAAUCUUGAGUUCCCUGAAACCCUUAUCCUUGCUGGAACCCUUAUCGAUUUGAUUUACUUCUAUCCAAGGAUAGUUUGGUUCAAGUGGUGAGAUUUUGUUUUAUGCCAUACCUUCAAUUAAGGGUCUGAAGAGGAAGAACCAUACGGAUUCAGAAAGUUAUGAUUAAGAUAAUUGAGUUGUUUCGCAUCCAUUCUCAUAAUGUUCAACUCAAUUUGUUUAGUGCUUUAUGAGGACUAAAGUAGAGUGCUUUAUUUCAUAUGAACUUGCCGGUGUAAUCAUGCAUCAGUUUUCCAACCAUUCCAUUUGGCUUUGGUUGUAGAUUUAUGGGAUGUAUUGAUCAAAGAAUUGGUAGGUUAUUAGUUGCAUAAAUAUGUAUGUUGGUUGUUCCACUUUUGUGUAGCAUAUGCAUGUAUGGAGGUUUCAUGUUGGUGACAUCUGUUUUGUUUGCUCAAUUUAAUUUGAACUUGGGUGGCUACCUUUGACCUCUUACAUUCAACUAUAUUGAUACAGGUUGAAGAUAACCUACCAAUUUAAUUGUGAUACGUCUGCUAUAUUACUUUGUGAAAGGGAAUCACCAAGCUUGCUGCUUCCUUACUUUGUAGUCGGUAGAUGGACUCUCCGGCUACCUUUUUCAACAUUCUGCAGUGUAAGUUUUGGUGGCACAAUGUAUUGCGUUCACACUCCUCCGAACACACUCUUUGGUUUGAUGUUAGUAUUAGCUCACCUUCAAUUUGUAGAUGCAUAUAGCAGCAAGGUUCUGCAACCUGUACGAUCUGCAGCUCACCCCUCCUAUUUUGAUAUAGACAACUUUCUAAGUCCAAUAAGGUAGGUGGGUGUGGCUUGGUCCUAUGUAUACUAUUUUAAAGAGGAUAGAGGUGAUGAAUCAUCCUUCACCCUAUAGCUCAAUUAUCUCCAUGAUUCAAAUAAUUAUGUCUUUGUUGCACAAAUUUACUUUCCAUAAAUUCAUAUACAUGAUGACUGGCUUGCUCUUUCAUGUUGAAUUAAAUAAUUGUGUUUGUUUUGACAAAUUUUUCUUCAUGAUGAUUCACAGGGUUAGCUCCAUCAAUCAGAUAAUUAGGGUUUUGUUUUCUUCAAACAAAAUCAUUAUUGAUGCUUCUGGCUAACUUUGCCAUCACAGAACUGUGAACAUAUAUGGAAGAACUUAAUGUGGUCUUUUGCCCUUUCACUAUUCAUUUUCUGUUAUAGGUUGCAUAGUGAGAUAAGAGACAGGUCAGUUUUCUUCCUAACUUCAUCCAUCAACUGGAGACGUUAUGCACAAACUUUGACUGCAGUCAUCCCAAAUUAUGCCUAACAAGUUACUGCUAUGAAGUCGAUAUGUCGAAGAAUGAUGCUCGACUUCACGCCGCAAAGGAAGUCCGGAUGGUCCUUAAUCAUGGUCUGCGAGGCAUGUAUCAACUUUCUCUCAGGUUUGCUGCUUACAGUGUUUUCAGCCAGUGGAUUCUGGAUAGUCACAAUUGAUGACCCAGCUUCUCGCUCUGUUAUGUUACUCAUUUGUAGGAUAUUUAUGCCUAUCUUCUCACCAACCGAGUGAUCUUUGUAACUAUGAUGUUUCAGAAAUAUGGGAUUAUCCAUCUAGGUCUAUGGUUGAUUUUGCAUUUAUGCAUAUGGGUCUAUAAUAUUGGCAGUGAUUUCUUUAUCAGUUCAUUCCAAGGUUCGGUUUGUUACUUUCUCAAUGAAAUCUGGCUCUUCCAUUUGUUAGAUCACUCAGAAGGGAUAAAGAUUAAAGAUAUGC